UCUUCAUUUCUGAAGGUUCCCCAAACAUUCGUGGAGAGCGGAUAACUUAGCCGAAAACACAGCCGGUGAAAACAUGCCAGCAAUUUUAAACUCUUCCCUCUUUCUCCAGCAUCCACUCUUCUCAACAGCGGUUCUCUCACUCCGCCGUCACCACCUUAACAUCUCUCUCUUUUCACGCAUUAAUAAUAAUACUCUCAGAGCUUGCUCUACUUCUUCAUUAUCAUCGGCAAACCAGAAUGUUCGAACAGGCCGGUCUGGUUCAGUUAGUUCGCCUCCAGUUGAAAACGAUACUGCUCAGAAAAUAGAUGUUAAUCCUCCUAAAGGUACCAGAGAUUUCCCACCUGAAGACAUGCGCCUCCGCAAUUGGCUCUUCCAUCACUUCACAGAGGUAUCGCAGCAAUUCGGGUUUGAAGAGGUUGAUUUUCCUGUGCUAGAGUCAGAGGCUCUAUAUAUUAGGAAGGCUGGAGAGGAAAUUAGAGACCAGCUUUACUGUUUUGAGGACCGUGGAAACCGUCGAGUUGCAUUGAGGCCCGAGCUGACUCCUUCAUUGGCAAGACUUGUGAUACAAAAAGGAAAAUCUGUAUCUCUUCCAUUAAAAUGGUUUGCUAUUGGGCAGUGCUGGCGUUAUGAGAGAAUGACCAGGGGAAGACGUCGUGAACAUUACCAAUGGAAUAUGGAUAUAAUUGGUGUAUCAGAUGUAACGGCUGAAGCAGAGCUGAUAUCUUCAAUUAUUACCUUCUUCAAGCGCAUAGGCCUCACAGCAUCAGAUGUUGGGUUUAAGAUCUCUAGUAGAAAGGUCUUGCAAGAAGUGCUGAGGUGCUAUUCUGUCGCGGAAAACAUGUUUGGUAGAGUUUGCAUCAUUAUAGACAAGAUCGGAAAGAUUCCAAUGGAUGAUAUCAGGAAAGAUCUGCAGUCUGCGGAUAUGUCAGAGGUAGCUAUUGAAGAGCUAUUGCAAGUCCUAUCACUGAAGUCUUUGACAAAGUUAGAAGAGAAACUUGGGGCCUCAGGAGAAGCACUGUCUGAUUUGAAGCAACUAUUCUCACUUGCUGAAAAGUAUGGCUAUUCAGAGUGGCUUCAGUUUGAUGCCUCAAUUGUCCGUGGUUUGGCCUAUUACACUGGGAUUGUCUUUGAGGGAUUUGAUCGUGAAGGAAAGCUCCGGGCUAUCUGUGGUGGGGGACGAUAUGAUCGGCUAUUGUCUACCUUUGGAGGCGAUGAUCUUCCAGCUUGUGGAUUUGGAUUUGGUGAUGCUGUAAUAGUAGAACUGCUCAAGGAAAGGGGACUUCUACCAGAACUUAGCCUCCAAGUAGAGAACAUUGUCUGCUCACUGGAUCAGGAACUUCAAGGUGCGGCAUCUGCAGUGGCCACCAUUCUCAGGGAAAAAGGGCAAAGCGUUGAUUUGGUUUUGGAGAACAAGCCACUUAAAUGGGUGUUCAAGCGAGCGGCACGGAUAAAUGCACGCAGAUUGAUUUUGGUCGGAAAGGCUGAAUGGGAAAAAGGUAUGGUCAAUGUUAAGACUCUUUCAACGGGUGAGCAACUGGAGAUAAGACUAGACGAAUUGGAGUAACAACGGAGUCUUGGUGUAUGAAAUAGCUUUUUCCCCAUUCUUUUAUAAUGAUGCUAAGUUGCCUAUUUAGCUGUUUUUCUUAGUGAUGAGGCAUGAAAUUUUGUUGUUAUUUUUCUUAUCUUGGUGAAAGAAACCCAUUUAUCUAACUUCAGGCUUAAAAUUUUCUUGCCUGUGUAAUAUCAAUUAAAAUAACUAGGCCUAGGUCUAGAACUAACUGAAUUCGAUUUAUAA